AUGCACCUACCAGGCGCGCCCCUGUCUGUGCCAACGGUGUCACCGCUCCCGCCCCCGCCCGCGCCGGCGUCUCCCGCACGCCUGCCUCCGCUCCUGCUUCGGUUCUGCGCCGCAGCUCACGCUCACGCCGCCACCACGCCGCUGCCGCCGCGGCGCAGCUGCGGGCGUGCGGGCGCCUCCGAAAGGGCCCAGCUCCUCUGCGCCGGCCCCGCCCUGCCUGCGUGCGCAGCUGAAUGGGGCCAGCCGCGCGGAGCGACCGCGAAGGAGCUGGCGGUGCGGCUCUACGGCGACACCGUCCCCUGGGUGGAGUUCCCCGCCACCUGCACGACAUGCUUCUCAUACACCGAGUUCGAGAGGACAUGA